AGAAGAAAAUGAAGAUGAAAGAGACAAGAGUGAGUGAUUAUUAAGAGAACCAAACUCAAAACUCAAGAGAUUACAAAAAAGAAAAGAAAAGUUGUCAGUGUAACACGCCAAAGUAAAAAAAGAGUGUAGAGAUAGAGUGUGUUUGGGUGUAUAAUUAAUUACUAUGAAGACGACUUCUGAUUAUUUAUCAGUAUAUAGAUUUAAAAGUUUUGGCAGAAAAAGGUAAUUAUGUAUUGACCGUUACAUCCCACGCGUCCAAUCCCUAUUUCUUUUGUUCUCAGCUUUGGUCAGACUAAAAUUUACUCCCCUUCUUUAAUUACUGUCCUAUCUUUGGAACUAGCCCAUAUCGUAUAUUCAUAUUACAUGUACUUCUUUUUCCUUCUUUAAUUCUUUUUAUAAUUAAUAUCAUUGCAUUUUAGUCUUUUGGGUUUGUUUGAUUUUUCUCUUAAUAAUAUAAUAAUCUCUCUUUCUCCGGUAAAAACAACAUGUCGCCGGUGGAUACAAACAAGGGCUGGAAUGGUGUGCAGGAUAUGAACUAUCCUACGCCACUUGCUUCCCAUGAUGAUGUUGCUAAAGACCCUAUUGUGUUUUGGGAUACUCUAAGGCGUUUUCAUUUUCUGAUGAAUACCAAGUUUAUGGUUCCUGUGAUUGGAGGGAAAGAGCUGGAUUUGCAUAUAUUAUAUGUUGAGGUUACAAGAAGAGGUGGUUUUGAGAAGGUUGUUGCAGAGAAGAAAUGGAGGGAAGUUGGUACUAUUUUUAUGUUUUCUCCAACAACAACAAGUGCUUCUUUUGUGUUAAGAAAACACUACAUAAGUCUUCUUUAUCACUAUGAACAAGUUCACUUCUUUCGCAUGCAAGGUCCUCUGUGCAGCCCUUCUGUUACAUUUCCAGUUUGCAGUCGCUCGUUCAAACCAGAAUUGGCUAUAGUUGAAUAUUCUCCCAAAUCCAUUAACGAUUUUCCUAUGAACCAGGAUAUAGAAGGUAUAGGAACUAUUGAUGGAAAAUUCGACUGUGGCUACUUGGUGAGUGUGAAGUUGGGGUCUGAGGUUUUAACUGGAGUAUUGUAUCAUCCAGAAGAAGAAGGGUGUGGUACUAGUGGUAGCCCUGUUGUUGCUGAGCCUAACAAUAAUGCCAUAGUACCUUACACCGGCAAACCUCGCCAUUCUCGUCGUCGUAAAAGGAAGAGUAAAAGAAGAGGAGACCCCAAUUAUCCAAAACCCAAUAGGAGUGGAUACAACUUCUUCUUUGCUGAAAAGCAUUACAAGCUCAAAUCCCUCUUCCCGAACAGAGAGCGCGAGUUUACUAAGAUGAUCGGCGAGUCUUGGACCAAUCUCUCCCCAGAAGAGAGGACGGUUUAUCAGAAUAUUGGUUUGAAAGACAAAGAGAGAUACAGGAGGGAGUUGAAAGAAUAUAAAGAGAGCAUUAAACUGAGGCAGCAGACAGUGGAAACUAGUUAAUGGAAACUAUGUUAGCUCAUGUAUGGAGUGUAGGUCUUGAACUGUAUAAAAGAGAAAAUUCAUAUAAAGAAUUAUGGACAAGACUACUCUGUUUUGAGAUGUACACUUUAUGUAGAGGUUGUAACUUUGGUGAAAUUAAAGCUCAAUUCCAAAGAGCACUUACCAAA